AUGGAUCGCCGCCCCCAAGCAUCGUCACUGGCACCGCCAGCCACAAUAGUGAGCAGCCCACCGGAACCUCCGCAACGCCUACGGCGGAGGUUGCAAAAGAAGUUCCUGUCCAUCCGACGUCCUGCGCCUAUCGACCCAUCUGUAUCAAACAAACUCAAUACCGGGGUGGUAGUAGCUGCCCAACAAGCCGGAACAGUCGGCCAACCUUCCCUGCGUCUGUCACCAGACCUGAGCGAUGCCAAAUGGCACGCAUAUCUCGGAGACAGCAACGCAGUUAAGCACUCCGGGUCCAAAUCAAACUCCCAAACUGGACCAAGAACGCCAGAGAAACCAAGAAAAGUCUCAUUCGACACACCCGCACCGGCCAUCAUUCCAGAGUUCUCGCACCUCGCCGUCAGCAACCUGACACCGAGACCCUCUCUCGACAGCUCACUCAGUUCACCGACCUCGUCCAUCAGCACGAGAUCGAGCAUGAGACGCCAUGCCAAGACGCCCAUCUACGCCAUUGGUCAACUGGAAAACGCAAGUUACGGGAGGAGUGCUAAAAUCGCCGAGAAAGUGUCCAGCGUCGACCUAAUUGCCAACCAGUACCGAGAUCUCCUCGAGACGCAGGACACCGACUCAAUACGUACCGACACCCGCCCUGAUCCUUUUCCAUCGCGACAAUCUUUGCUUACCCAAAGCUCUUCCAUCCGGUCACGCCACAGCGCCGGGGAGACACCUGCAGAGCUACGGCGAGACAUCUUUUCGCCAGCGCCGGCACCGCUGUGCCGGGUCUCGGCGUACUCACCAAGGUCCGACGACGGGACGCUGGUUGCAUUUGACGAGGAGGCGAUAUAUUUUAAGCCCAUGUCAUUCUCGCCAGAACCACCGUCGACACCCCCACCGCCGCCGCGCAAUUGCGCCCGGUUGAACCGCAACUCGCACGCUCAAGAAUCGAGUCAGAACUUGAGUUUGCAGAUUGCCAUGGACCUCUUGACCCGCGAACUUUCGACGAGCAUGUUGGACAGGUCGCAGAAGCCGGAAACGGAUGUCUCGUCUCUCCAGAUUUGGGUCAUGAUCGAAGCUUACGAGAGAUUGCGAGAUCAGGUUCUGGAAGCGAGAAAGCAGACCGAAGAGGCGCAAAACUUGGAGACCGUCUUCGACAUUUGGUUGAAGGCUCUCUAUACCCUUCAUGACCAAAUGACCAGUGACGCGGCAUCUCGCGGGAGCAAUUACGAUGGAGCAGAUUUGGAGGCAGGACACUAG